CCGAACUUGUGCCUGUAUUUUAACAGUCCAUGGUUGUCCCAACUGAGCUGGGUGUUUUCUCUUUUUUUGGCCUUUUUGCUCUUCGAUCCUCAGAUAUAUGUGCAAGAUGGUGUUGACGUUAUCGCCCGAUGGGACAGAAAUCGCCUAUGUUCAAGAUGAUGAGCUCUGGGUUGUAUCUGCUGUGGAUGGCGAGCCUCGCCAAAUCACGUUUGGUGCUGCAGGCACAGGAAAGACGCAUGGUUUGGCCGAGUACAUUGCUCAGGAAGAGAUGGAUCGGAGGAACGGCUUUUGGUGGUCGCCUGAUAGUCAGCUCAUUGCAUUCGCAGAGGUUGACACCUCUAGUGUGCCAGUUUAUCGGAUCGCUCAUUUGGCCAAGGCAAGUGUCGGAAAAGAUGCGGAAGAGGAACACGUAUACCCAUUUGCAGGACAUGCGAACGUGAAGGUUCGGCUUGGCAUUGUCCCUGCAACUGGAGGUCCAGUGAAGUGGAUGGAUCUCUCUUGCGGAGGAUCUGAUGGUAACAAAGAGGAGGAGUACCUUGCUCGGGUGAUGUGGCUUCCUGAGGGAAAGCUACUGGCACAAAUCCAGAACCGGGCUCAGACGGUGUUGAACCUUGUCCAGUUUGAUCCACGGACAGGGAGGAGGACUUUGAUGCUCGUAGAAGAGAACCUGGUGUGGGUAACGUUGCACGACUGCUUUGCUCCGCUGCAGAAGGCUUCUGGACAUCUCGCAGGGGGACUAAUAUGGGGCAGUGAAAGAACCGGGUUCCGACACUUGUAUUUAUACGAUGGAAGGAUGCGAUGCUUAGGACCGUUGACAUCAGGGGAGUGGAUGGUUGAACAAGUUGCAGGGGUGGAUGAGAAAGCCGGACUUGUAUAUUUCACAGGCACCAAGGAUGGGCCUCUUGAGACACAUCUUUAUGUCACAGGGCUAUCGGUGGAAGGCUCAAAAGGGAACCAAGGGAUCAAAAAGCUGACCCAGGCAGCGGGCAGACACGCUGUCGUUCUUGAUCACCAUCUGAAACGGUUCAUCGAUGCGCAUGAUUCGCUCAACUCCCCACCAACUGUACUCCUUUGUUCUUUGGAAGAUGGUGCUGUCCUUUGCAAGAUCUAUGAGCCGCCUAGUUCCGACGUGAGAGUCCAGCGGUUACAGCAAACUCCACCUGAGAUUGUGCGCCUUCAGAGGGAUGACGGAACUGUAUUGUACGGGGCACUAUAUCGACCUGAUGCAAGCGUGUUCGGCAAGCCACCUUACAGGACAGUUGUGAGUGUAUAUGGUGGACCCCAUGUUCAGACAGUUUGCAACUCGUGGAUGACGACGGUUGAUAUGCGAGCGCAGUACCUCAGCCGAAAGGGCAUCCUGGUCUGGAAGUUGGACAAUCGUGGAAGUUCGCGAAGGGGGUUGGCAUUUGAAGCUCAGAUAAAGCAUAAGAUGGGUACGGUCGAAGUAGACGACCAAGCUUUUGGCGUGCAGUGGCUGAUAGAACAGGGGCUGACGGAUGCGUGGAAGGUGGGAAUCUAUGGGUGGAGCUAUGGGGGGUAUAUGGCGGCGAUGGCCUUGGCGCGAUACCCCGCGAUUUUCAGAGUUGCAGUGGCAGGGGCAGCUGUCACAUUCUGGGAGGGUUACGACACGCAUUACACGGAGCGAUAUAUGGGCAGUCCUCAGGAAAAUGCGGAAGCGUACAAGACAAGCUCGGUGAUGCACUGGGUGUCUGGAAUGCAGGGUGAGUUGAUGCUUGUGCAUGGAAUGAUAGAUGAGAAUGUCCAUUUUAGGCAUACGGCGAGAUUAAUCAAUGCUCUGACAGGAGCGUCGAAGGAGCACGGGUUAAUGCUUUUCCCCAACGAAAGACAUAUGCCCCGCGACCUGAAGGAUCGGAUGUACAUGGAGGAAAGAAUUUUCAAAUUUUUGGAUCGCAAUCUUUGACAAUCAUCUCCCAUCCAGCCAGCCUCUUGUUCUUUUCCUUCCAUCCAGGAAUAGUUUCCAAAUUUUUAGAUUGGAAUCUUUGAUGAGAGCUAAUUUGGUAAUCUUUCCCGCUCAACCUGACAACAGCACGCAUGCUUGCGUAUGUGCCCAGGUUGUCUUCUGGACUUCCGGUGAAGUUUGUGUGUGUGCAUGUGUGUUUUAGUUAGCGUACUAUGUAUGUAGCUGUGUAAGACCUGUCUCUUAUACACAUCUAGAUGUGUAUAAGAGACAGGAGAGAGAGAGAGAGAGAGAGAGAGAGAGAGAGAGAGAGAGAGAGAGAGAGAGAGAGAGAGAGAGAGAGAAGGAAAUAUGGAAGAGAGGAGUGGGUUGCCUUUGUGGGUGGUCUCUGGGGAGGGAGCUUGAGAUAAUGAACUUGCUCGUAUAAAGUCUGGAUUGCCUGUCGGGGGUAGUCCGUAUAAAGUCUAUGUGAUUAAACACUUAUUGGACAGGACCGACAAUGGGUGUGGCAGGGUUUCGUUAAUGCUGUAAUGCUGCUCAUGUCCAUGGCAGAUGAGAAUGGGCCUGUUUGGGACUAUUUCUCAAUGUGUGUGCCUGUGUACGUCAUCAUCUUGAGCAGGUACGGUACCUAUCUUCUUUCUUUAUCUUGUUUCAUUUUAACCUAUGUUGCGAGAAGGACAGGAGAACACUGUAUUGUGCAUGAUAGGGUGUUCAUCACGGAGUCUUUUAGAAGGCUUCUUCUGUAGAGUUAGGAUUAGUUCUUCGGAGGUUGUCAGAGCCAGACCCUCGCUGAUGGCAGGCUGGCUGUUGUGCUUCACAGACCAAGCGGACUGAAGCAAGGUGGGUUUAUAACUUCAUGUAUAUUGAUCAAGAGAUCCUGUCGAACGGCCGGCCCGUCAAGCGCAUUCAUUGCUGAAAGCACAUUGAUUGUUUGUGAAAUAAUGAAAAUGUGUCGAACAAUUUGUUCAGAGAGAGGUGACAGGGGUCAUGGAUAGGGUUGUGGGUUGCCCAUGCGAAACGUCUAGAUCUCCAGCUCUUUCCCAGGCUAUGAAAUUUGCGGAGACUCGACGAGCAUGGCCCGUUCACGUCGUUCUCCGGCAGCGUUGGCUGAUUUGGCCUUUCCGAGGCUUUCAAAAAACUCGCAGAGGUUUCCCCGCCGUUGAUUAGCGGGGUCCUCGUCGAAUGGUGCCCGCCGAUUUGGUCUUUCAAAGACUUCUGAAGAAUUUGCAGCAAUUUUCCCACCACUGACUGGUGACAUCACUUUCACUGUUCCAUGGUUUCCGGGGUUUCCCCUGAUUUGGCUGAAUUGAAUUUCCUGCUGUUGGCGAGUAGCGUCCCUUACCAAGGAAAUCGUUUUUUUGAGCGGUGGCAGUAUGUGCUCCAGCAACCUAUGAAAAGCCAUUUUUUCAUUGGUUCAGAAGUUUGCUCCAGCCUCCCUCCAUGUAAUUUGUCCACAAAAUCGCAAUGGCACAACUUCGCAUCUGUUGCUCCUUACCGACCAUAUUCCUGUCUUCAAGUUUCGCUGCGUUCUCUACUUGUCGAUACAAGUGUCGAGCACCGCGAAUGGCUGUCAGCCCAAUAGAUGUACCGUGUAGUAUUUGAUCGAAAGAUCCGAAUUCAAAAUUUCAAGCCCCUGGCAAGCAAAAAAGUAAGUACCAGUAGAAUGCCGAAUGUUGUUGCGUUGUCAUGUCCUAAACAUUACUUGUCAGAAGACUGGUGGGGGCGGGGGCGGGGGCGGGGCUGGUGCGGCGGGCAGUGGUUUGACAAGUACUCGUUAGUUUUCGUCCAUCCGCAAUGAUAGACAUAAUAAUGUAUGUUGGAAAUCUCCAGACAUCAUUUACACAAUUUCUCACAGAGUCUUAUGUCACUUGAAAUC